UCCUGUGUAUUGAGUCGCACCAAUCAGAAUAAACUGAACUGAUUGAAAUAGCAGCACACUAGUAGUUUAACAUGGCGGCAACGGAGGUAUACACUAUACUGCCUGGGUCUAGCCGGGGCUCUAGAGCUGGACUCAGAACACCUAGUUUAGGCAGUGUCAAGGGAUCUGGUGAUGUCCGACUUGGUGAGGAUGUUUUAGCUCCGAAAUUUUCCGAACAUCUUCAAAGUUACAUCACCCACAGCAAUACAGGACCUCAGGACCAGAGGAAAGCUUUGGAUUUACUCACAUCUCUACAGUUAGCAGAGGAAGCAAAAGAAGCUGAAAAUCCAUUGAGGCCGAGAACGGCUAUGCCAGCACUAGGACGUCCAAAAUUAGAAAAGAUACUUAACCCUUAUUUCACAACAUAUGAAAGAGAAUAUUAUAUGAAAAUGGCACCAGACACAGACGCUGAAAGGCCAAUGACGUCUAGAGCGUUUGCUUCCACAUACGAACUUGGUGGCCCUAUAGGUGCUACAACAUACGAUGAAGAGUUUUAUAAGAAACCAAAUAAAAGAACAGAACCUGUACGAUCAGGGACUGCUAGUGGGGCCAGAAGGAAUAACCCACAUCCACCAGAGUCUUUUAUGGUGUGGAAGUUUCCUAAGAGAUCCAUAACGGAGGGGGACUACAGUGAGUGGGCCACGCCACUCAGCGACACCAUCAUGGAGCAGGUCAUGAGGAAUAAAUUCAGGUCCACGUACCAGGAGGAUUUUCUCGGGAUUCCACAAGGCUUCCAAAUGAAGAACGCGUUUGACGUGUCUAAGGACUGGAAAUCUCAAGUUCCCUUCACCUUGGACUCCAGCACUCGGUAUUCCUACCAGCAGCCCAACCAGCAGCCGGAGUUACAGGGGAACACCAGCAGAUACGGUUGCAAUAGGAACAAGCUUGUGCCAGCCAGCGGAGCCGUUCCAACAUGCUCAGAGCGCAUGAUGCACCUGAAAACGAGAACCACGUACGAUCGUGAAUACAACGAAAAAGCUCAGCCUCGUCCUCUGCGAGAUCUCAACAAAUCUCUUGGUGCUAACGCCAUUCAGGGCUACAUGGCAACUCACAGGCUUGGCAGCAAAGAAAGGGAAAUUCUCUCCGGUAUGGUAGCAGACCUUCAGAAUCUGCCGCGCCCUCCUUCCAAUGCGUCGUCAAGGAAAUCACGUGUUCCCAUGGAUACCAUGGACAUGUAUGCCACAGGGCCAACCUGGGUGUCAACAUGGGUGGGGCCCACGUAGGGAUCAGAGAUAGCUUUAGACUUAUAAAAUAUAUAUGAAAAUAUUUACUGUCACUGCAGUAGACAGGUUGUGCUAAUUCAACGAUUAUAAUAUGAUCAACGCUAGAUCUCAUGUUUUAAAACAAUUGACAUGUACAUCAUUGUUGGGUUAUGUGUUCAUUGAAAGUAACUGGGAAAAGCUUUACAGGAGGUUUUGUCUCUCAACUUAAAGAAUCUGUUUUUACUACUAAAUAGACUGUGAUCGAAACGUGUGUUAUGCAGACUGCAAGUUCAAGAAACUCGAUGACAAAAAUCAAAACUAGUCUACUCGACGCUAAGCUUCGAAUUUGCUCAAUUAUUGAAUGAUAUAUUCUUGUUCGUGAACUGUCAGUCAUAUCUAGUGUGUGCAAAAUCUGCGUGAAAGGCUUUUGUUAUUAUUAUCAAUAUUAUCUCUACUUGUUUGCAUUGUCUCUAAGAUGUGGCACGUAUUUGUCACGACUCAGUAUUUGGUUGCUCAAUAAAUUUA